AGUCGUGUCGCGUUCAUUCAUGUUUCGCAUCUUCUUCGUUGCCUCGAUUCUCGUAUCCCGAGUUUUCGACGAACGUGGGGACCGGAAAUGCCGAAAACGAAGGGUCGCGCGUUUGUGCCAAGUGUGAAUCAAUAUGAAUCAUCGUGAAGAGGAUCUUGGAUCUCGAAUGUUCGACAACUGCGGCCGAAACGGAGCUGGAUGGAGCGACCAGCGGCGAAUGGUGAGUCAAUUUGUACACGACACGUAUCUGUUUAUUUGCCUCUACAAUUCGCACCUCAUUUCCAUUGCAAAUUGUCAUCAGUAUGGUGCGACAAUGGUGAGACGAAUCAAUCAAUUGUGCAUGAACGGUUAGAUUAGGAAUUAUUUAAUAUUUGAUUUUGUGUACGCGCGCUCACUCGGCGCUCGCUUUGUCAGGUGUGCCAACAGUCGCGGGCGAGUAGCUUUCCGAAGUCUAACCUGUGCAUUGACAUCGUAGUGUAUGUCCACAUUGUGGAGAUGGCGUGAUGGCAUCGAAAAAUUGUGUCAGUUAAAUCGUAGACAGACUACUCGCGGCUCUUUCUGCGUAGUGCGUAUAUUGGUAUAUGCAGCAAUGCAGCUUCGUAUAUUCUCGGUGCUGCGUAAUAUUGCUCGUCAACAUUAACUGACAGCGAUUUCUGUCGAUUCAAUCGAAAAAGAAUUCGUCCGUCAUGACUGGAUCUCACGCACGAUCGUUAAAUUGUGACUUUUAUUCACGAAACUUUUAUUCACGAGGCACAUAGAACGUAAUAUGUGUUGUUACUCUUCUGCGAGACAAAGAAUUCUGGAGCAUGGUUCUGAGACAUGGGAAAUCCCGAUAGGUUAGGAAUCUCACUCGUGCAGAUUGGCUCGUAUUUGAGCGAACGAGCGUUUCGUUAGAUGAAAUCGCAUGAGACUUGUAAAAUGAUGCAUUAUAGCCCAUGGAUUCAUCAAUCAAUACUAGAUCAUCAAUGCUGCAUUCCGUAUGUUGAUACGAUGCCGUCUUACCAAGAUCACGAUCACGAGCGUCAUCAGCUGACCGAAGAGGAGACCGAGCAAGCUGGCGAGGAAGCUCAUGACAUGAUGACGCCUGCUACGUCUGGCGAUCGUAGUUCUAGCGCAGAUCUAUUCAGAUUGGAGUUUGCAGCGUCUCAGUGGUCCAAGUUGGUCUCCAAUGCGGAAGGUCUGUUUACACAGCUCAUGACGAGCAACGUGCUGCCGCACACUGAUCAGGAUCAAAUUGAACAGUGGCUAUGCAUGAAGCAAGAGUACGAAGAAUGUAUAGCCAGCGACGAGAGCACCAGUUUGCAGGGAUACGCAGAGAAUGCCAGACGAUCAUUGGAACGAAUCGAGGAAGUGACCGAGACUGACGAAAAAACGGACGAAUCUGCCAAUCAAAUGAAACUUAAACUCAAUUGCACUUCCAGUUCAGAGAGCGAAUUAUCCGAAGUGGAUGACGAAGACGAGGAGGAGGACGACGACGAGGAGGAGGAAGACGAUGACCAAAGCGACGUGAGUUCGGAAAAUCCUGAUUUUCUGGAAAAGCUGGACGAGUGCAUGAACAAGUUUAAGAUAGAAACUGAUAGAAUUGUCGAUUCUACGAAAGAUGAUUUUAGAGAGACGAAUAUUAAGAUUAUAUCCCCGGUGGAGAGAUCUGUAAAUAAUAAUUAUGUACCGGUGUCUCGUCCGGUACCUAUAAGGAAUCCAAAUUCCAGGAGAAACUCGAUGCUGCCUGGUUCAGAUAUGUGCAAUGAAGUAUUAGCUUUUAAUAGCCUGAAACCUUGCCAAAAUCAAAACCUGGAGAACCACAUCUCGGAAUAUAUCAAUCCAUAUGCGUUGAAUAAUCGCGAGUUGGAAAUAAAUAUUAAUGAUAAUAUUGUUAACGACAAUUUCGUCACGAUACAAAAUGACAAUUCGCCUGAUCUCUUGCUCGAUGCUCUCAAGAACACAGAAAUAUCCGAACCUAUUAAGGAAUUGAAAGCUUUAACGGCAAAUAAUGAGGCGAAACAAUCGCAGGUGAAGAAAAUUCAAUCAAAUUUGGAUGGAGCACAUAAACGUAUCGAAGAAUUGCAGACGACAAUUAAGAUUAAGCAGCGUUUUAUAGCAGAUAUGAUAAAGAAUUCCGACGCACGAUCCAGUGCGAAGCAGAAAUUUCAACGUAAACGUAGUAAACUGGAAGAGGAGUAUUACAAUACGAGGACACAAUUAGCGCAAGCGGAAAAUGCAUCUAUGUACAAGGAUUCUGACAAGGAAAAGACUCACAAGAAAGAAAUCGAAUUAAUGAAAAAUAUAGCGAUGCAUUAUGAGAAGCGAAUGAUGGAUAUAGAUAUGAUAAAGCAAAUAGCGGGUGAUUCCGCGAAGAAAGUCUUGGAAUUGGAAGCCUCGUUAAAUACGUCGAAGAAGCAAAUGGACAAAUUAAAGCGGCAAUUAAAGAGAGAAGAAGAACGUAAGACACAAUUGGAAGACGAGCUGGCUAAAGAUCAACAGAAGAUUCGUGAACUUGAGGAGAAAUACAAUUUAACUGCGUCCAAGUUAAAGGAAAUGCAAUCGGAAAGUGAAGAUGAGAGACACAAUAUGAAAUCGAAAACCGAUUGCUCAGACAAGAUGAAGAAUUUGUUAGAUGUCAAUGCAAGGAUAUCUCAUCUGGACCAUGUUCUGAAAGAGAAAUCUAUGGACCUAGAGAGAACGGCGGAUAUGGACGAGAAGGAAGCGUUACGACAUGAGAUUAGAAAUUUGAGGCGCACUCGAGACUGCUUGGUAGACGAGAAAUGCGAUUUAGAUGAGAAGUUUCAAAAGGAGAGAACUCUGACGACAGUUGAGGAACGUAAACUGCUAGAAUGCGGUGAGACUAUCGAGGCUAUCGACGCGAUGAUCGAGCACAAGAACGAGAUGAUUUGCGGCCGAAAGGACUUCGAUGAGAAUCAGUCCCAGCGCGAAAAAGGCGAGAGAACGCUGACGGAGCGCUUGAAGAAACUUUCUCAUGGUGAAAUAAUUACAUUAUUUAUGAAAUAUUUCCGCAAGGUGAUCGAUUUGAAAGAGAGCUCGAAGAAUCUGGAGGUUCAGAUAACCGAGCUCGAGGCUCACAUCGCGACUCAGGAUUGGCGACUUGUGGAAGCGGAGAAACGAAUGAUCGUGAUGCAGAGGCAGUACGAGGAUAAGCUGCAUCACGUGUUCAGGCACUUUGCAGAGGAGACAAGCAGCUCCGGUUACGAACGAUUGGAUAAGGAUUCCGAACUCGCGAGGUUCAAAAAGGAGAACAGAGCGUUGAAGAAACGUCUCGCGGACGUCGAGGCUCUUCUCAAAGGUACAACGCCACCGCGUGAAGCUAGUCCUCCGUGCAGAAUUUUGCAACAGGAAUUGAAACAGAUCACACCGAGUACUAGAUCGACGACCAAAGUAACAAGGCAGCGAAAUAAACUGAUAAUUCAAAAGACGACUGAUUGCGACAAGAGGAAAAAGUGAAGUUUGUUAAUGAGUAUACCACAUUUAUUUUUUAUUAUACAUUUAAAGACGAUUCGAGUCUCUUAUAAAUAAUCUUUUAUUUACACUCGUUUUAUAUGUCAUGUUUCUGCAUAGUAUCUCGUCGCAGGUAUUCACGAUAGACUGUAUAAAAUUAAGUUUCUCUUUUUUAACACAGUAUAGUCUCUUCUAGAUCCUUUAUAGAUCGUAAUGUGAUAAUAGUUUCUGCGUGAAGCAAUUACCUCUUCUGUAUUUUUAUAGAAUAUGUAUAUAUUGGUAUUUUAAAGAUCUAUUUUUAGAGUAUAUGUUUAUCAGGUAACUUGAAAAUGAAUUUGACGAUAAUUAUACUUAUUAAGAGAUUCUUGGAUAUGAAUUUUAUUGCAUGCAAUUUCUAUAUUGUUGUAUUUAUUACAGGGCGUAGUUCCAGUGUCAUAUAAUUUAAAUAUCUAGAUGUAAUAUCUUCGAGAAUUCUUGUUCGCGCGCGAAAACAUAUUUGCAUGCCAUUUGUAACAUGUUAUUGUUUCAGCAAUUGACACUAAGUGUCACAUUGAUAUAAUAAGAUGCGAUACGAUUGCUUCGUUCUGGUUUACGUGACAAGAAAACUUAGAAGCUUGCGAGCUUCGUGAAAAUAAUGGCGCUCAAUUGUUGUACGUUAAGCAGUGUAUAUUUUUUCAAAUUAAUUUUACAGACAAGCGGCCUUUAGAUGACGAUGGAUGUAGUCAAAAAAUUACAUCGUUGGAAUUGAACUAUUUAAAAAUGUAUCGACUAAGAAUUAUUAGCCCGAAUAGGAUAUAUUAGGAUUUGUGCAACACAAUGGGCUGCUCAAUCGUUGUAUUUCCUAGACACGUUGAUAAUAAUGUGCAUAAUAUGUCGCUCAGCGAUUACAUGUUUACUCUUAGCUAUUUAAUAUUAUUCGUAUAUUGGAAAGGAACGUUUGAUCUCCAUGUUAUUAACUCUUGCGCUACCGAAAUUUUGUUGCUAGUAGACAUGCAAAAAUACAUGACAAAUUUUUCUCUUAUCUUAUAUAUUUGGAAUUACUUUUAUAUUUUAUCACAUUACGUUUUGAAAUUUAUAUAUUGAUAUAACAUGUAUAUACAAAAAAAUAAUAAAAAUCUAUAAUUGUAAUUUUCUAUUUCGGAAAAUGUUUUGUCUAUAUUUUUUCGGCUGAGCGAGAGUUAAUGUUUGUCAGGCGUAGAAUAGUUUUGAUUAUUUAAUAUAAUUCGACGAUUACCAUGACUCUGGCUCAAUUAUAAUUGAAUCAAUUCACUUCAAACAUAUAAUUUAUUGUAAUUUUGUAAAUAAAUCAAAUAUUAUGUAA